AUGAGAAUUGAGAAAUGCAAACACGCCGAUGAAGCCAAAAAUAGUUAUCAUAACUAAAGAUCAUUUAAAGAUAAGCGUUUCUCUGUAGACGAGAGCGAAACUCGGUCGCCAAGGAUUAACUCUCGUGUAAUUCGGGAAUUACCAUCUAGAAAAGAAGUUGUUGAAGCUCAAGGAACAGAUUCCGAGUCAAUAGCUCGAAAUCGUCGCAUGUUUGGAUCUCUUAUUGGAACAUUACAAAAAUUCUGCCAAGAGGAGUCGCGUCUAAAGAUCAAAGAAGAUAAAAAAUCGGAAAUAGAAAAGGAAUUGGAGAGGCAAGAACUUCAGGAAUGGGCCAUGCUAAGAAAAGAACGAGAAACUUUGUUUUUAAAUAAAAAACGAAAGCAAUUUGAAAUUAGAGCAUUGGAAUAUAAAAUGGCUAGACUAAAGGAUUUUAAAUCAUGGGAAUCAUCCAUCACUUAUCAAAAACAUCAAAUUCGAACAAAAACUAAACCGCGAAGCCAUACGUUCCCUUACAGGACAUUGGCUAGAAGGCGCACACGCAAACAGGAUGGGUGCUCCAAAAAUGCUCCAUGAAAUAACUAAGUGGCUCCUCCGAGAGGGGGUGGCCAGCUUUGAAGCCCGUAGAGAGUCGU